AAGAUCGCGAGCUUUCCAGGUGUUAGGUCUGGGUACAAACAAAAUCUUUCACAUUUGAGAUUCCAUAUUACUUGGACUGGAAAUUUGUGGCUGGAAGUGCCAAUUCACUCAAUAUCGACAGUUUUGAAGGGAGAGUGAAGAAUUCAUCGAAGCGAAGGAUCGAGAGAAGUCGGCAUCGUUUGGCAGUUUAAUAAAGAAUCGACCUUAUUGAGUCUUCGUUGGAGAGAACCUGCAUCGAGAUAACUCUUGCAAAAGCUCAAUGAGUUCAUGCAAAAAGGUGCUCUCUCUCUCUCAAGGAAUUUAAGAAUGAGUUAUACAGAAAAGCCUGAUGAAAUUACUAAAGAUGAAUGGAUGGAAAAGCUCAAUAAUUUACAUAUACAAAGAGCUGACAUGAAUCGGCUCAUCAUGAAUUAUUUAGUUACUGAAGGAUUUAAGGAAGCAGCUGAAAAAUUUAGAGUGGAAUCUGGAAUAGAGCCUAGUGUUGACUUGGACACUCUUGAUGAACGUAUUAAAAUUCGUGAGGUGAUACUGAAUGGACAGAUUCAAGAGGCCAUUGCAUUAAUCAACAGUCUCCAUCCUGAGCUGCUGGACACAAAUCGUUAUCUCUAUUUCCACUUGCAGCAACAGCAUUUGAUUGAGCUGAUUCGCCAACGUGAAACUGAGGCAGCUCUGGAGUUUGCUCAAACUCAGCUUGCUGAGCAAGGUGAGGAGAGUCGGGAAUGUCUUACUGAGAUGGAACGUACAUUGGCCCUAUUAGCUUUUGAUAAUCCAGAAGAAUCACCAUUUGGGGAUCUGCUUAAUAUGAUGCAGAGGCAAAAGGUUUGGAGUGAAGUGAAUCAGGCUGUUUUGGAUUAUGAGAACCGUGAAUCAACACCCAAGUUAGCCAAACUGCUAAAGCUUCUAUUAUGGGCACAGAAUGAACUGGACCACAAGAAAGUUAAGUAUCCUAAGAUGACAGACCUCAGUAAGGGAACAAUUGAGGAACCCAAAUAAAGGCUGUAUGAAGGGAAUGAACAGGAUUCUGGAUUGUCUUCCUGUGCGUUAACUGCUUACAGUGUUUCAGAAAGGACUGUGAUAAAUUCACUAAUAAAUGACAGAACGUGUGAAUAAAACUCUAUGGUUAAGAAUAAUCACAUUUAAGGCUGGGAUGAAGUCCAAAACAUUACCAACGCAGUACAUCAGAGAACACCAUCAAAUGGUUGCUGAAGGCUCAACGGAUUGCAAGAUUCACCCCAGUCCUAAAUUCAUUUUUAUGGUAACUUAUAACUUUACCAACUUGGCAUGUUGGACUGAAACUACAAAUUACUUGGUAUUUACUUUUGGCUGUUGUACAGUUUCUAUUUGCAAUUUUUGUUUCAUAUGCUGAUGUUUCUUAACUGUAUGUUUAUAUAUUUUCAGAACAAUUUUACUAGACAUCUGAUUUUUUUUCUCUAAUUAGUCAUCUUAUAGCUGAGAUUAAUCUUGUACUUAAUUUCUAAUGAAUAUCAUCCAAAAUGUUACUAUUAAUAUGGUAUCCUACUGACUGCUGUUAAACUUAUCUGGAACCAGUUAUGGAUGCAGUAUGGAUACUAGGAAUGUAAUUAUUAGAAAUGGUUAUUCAUCUUUCUUUUGUCAGCCUCAUUAAAAUGUUCCCUUGUCAAGGAAAAAGUUCACAUGGUUGUUAAUUCUCAUUAAGUAGCCUUGUAGUGAACUAAAAUUCACAAGCUUGUAAGUCAUGGUAUUUAAUCUCAAUUUUGUAUAUUUUGUGGGAAUGACUUACUUAGAAGAGUUGAUUGUAUAUAAUGUAGAAAAUAAUAGUCUAAUGAUUUCCCCGACACAAAAGUGCUUUACACUUGAAAUUCAUGUAAUGUGCUUUUAAACAUUUCAUUUGUGCAUAACGUGUCAACAUGUUUUGUUUAAUGUUAAUUUAUCAUUGCAUAUAUCAGCAAAUACUUUGAAAGUCCACACAAGUUAUUCGUAUCCACUUAGUUUGAUAGCUCAAUGCAGACUCUGUCUAAUAUAUUUUAAACAGAGUUUAAAAAGCUUAUUUAAUUUUUCAAAACUUUUUAUUCUUAGCUUAGAAGGAAAAUUCCACGUGCAAUCUUCUGUAAAUAUUUCCUAGGGGGACUUUAAAAGUAUAAUAGACGUAAAAAUGAAACUUGUGCUGGCCCAAGUAUGGUGAAAAUACUGUACAAAAAUAGAUGUGAACAUUUUACUUUCCUCCUCAUCACCCCAUUUGUUUUCAAGGUUUCAUAAUAAUACAUUACUUUAUGGAACACACACCUGGAUCAGUUCAGCAUAACAGUAAGGAAGUGCAAAUCACAUAGUUGGUAAUGUCUUGUCAACAGAUGGGCCUGUAGAGCAGGUGUGAAAAGUUUUGAGCAAUGCGCACAAAAUGCUGGAGGAACUCAAGUCAGACAGCAUCUAUGGAGUUGGUGUUUUGGGCUGAGAUCUUCCAUUAGCACUGGAAAGGAAGGGGGCAGAAGUCAGAAUAAGGUGGAAAUGUUGACUGUUUAUUUCCCUUCAUAGAUAGGGCCUGGCAUGCUGAGUUCCUUCAAAAUUUUGUGUGUGUUGCUCGAGAUUUCCAGCAUCUGCAAAAUCUUUUGUUUAAUUUUGAGUUUUAUUGGAAAUCUUUCUGAACAAUUUUUACUCUUAAAUGCCACCUUCUUUGAUCUAAAAAUUGUCAUUUCUUUAGAUAUGAAAAUACAAAUCAAAUGUGAUAACAGUUGCCCUGCUGUAGUAGACACACAAAAUACUGCAGAUGCUGGAAAUCUGGAGUAAUACAUAGAGGAGCUAGAAGAGAUGAUAAAAGGGUGUCAACCCAAAAUAUCAACUGUACAUUUCCCUCCAUAGAUGCUGCCAAAUUUGCUGAGUUCCUCCACCUCCUUUGUGUUGUCCUACUUCAGUAACUUGCUUACUGUAGCACCAAUUGCCAGAUAUUGAGUCUUCAGAUACAGGGAUAUGAAAAAUCCCAUCAGCCCCAAAUCCCUUCUGCAUCCAGUUGAGAGUAUAAUCAUGCACAUGGUUAUCAUGUUUUUGUUAUGAAGUUGCCUCAUUCAACGUAGCAAAAACUUUUAGGGAAUUGCCUGAAGAUGUGCAAAAUCCAGGAGACAGUAUUAGCCUCAGUCCUCCAUUAUUUUUGCCCCAUAAUUAUCAGUGACUUCUGAUAGUUUGUAAUCUAAAACAACUUGUCUGUAUAAAGUAACUGUUUUGUAGAAAUACAAAUCCCAAAGUUACAGUUUACACAUGUUCAUAUAUUGAUAAAUGGUGAAUUAUUCUUUGAAGGGACUUAUUUGAAUAGAAUAAAUAACAAAUCCAAGAUUUUAUCUGUAAUUAACUCCUGUUAGAAAAGAUUUUGUGUAAUAUACUGACUUAAGAAGUAUGAAGAAUUUAAGUUCUUCCCACUGAUCAAGUCAGAAUCCCCAUCCUUCCAAAUACAACAUUGAUGAACAUCAUUUAAGUCUCUUAAUCACUUGUCUACAAAACCAUCCAGUUUCCUCUUGAAUUUGUCAACAUGGGUAUUAUGCUGAGUGUCUUCAUUGCAAGAAACAUUUGUACCUUGGUUUUUUUUCAUUGAGGCAAAAUGCUUUGGAUUCACUGGUGAGAUUGAGAAAUUGUACAUUUUGUAUUUUUAAAAAUAUCAUCUGGAUGGAUGAAUUUAGUUCUAUGUACUAAGUUGAUUGGUGAGUGGGUUGAAGCAGAUUGUUAUAAAUCUUUAUGUUGCAGAAUAUUUUGACGUACGAUCAAAAACAACAUCUUUAUUAACUGGCGAGCUAUUGUUUUUGGAAAAGAAAGUCAUGUUUAUUUUGGUGACAAAAUUCUUCAGAAUUUAAAAAUAAAUAAAAGGUCUAAAAUUCACACCAUCUUCUUUUGAAUUUCAUAAUCUCCCAUUUGGAUAUAAGAACUCAAAAAUAAAACAUGUUUAACCAGUAAUC